AAAGUCAAACGUAACAAACUUACAAAUUUAAAAGACACUGAUUAAAAAUAUAGCGAAAUCUGCCAAAGCAAAAAUUAUUGAGCGCCAUUACAAUUUUAUCAAAUAGUUGAGAAUAAUGUUAGAGAGCUAAGGCGUUUAUUCCAUAACCUUAAGUGUGCUGUCAGUGAUGCUAGUGAUGUUUCCUGCUUGCUUGCUUGCUUGCUUGCUUUGAGCGAAUGUAUCAAGCAAUUUAGCUGUCGACGAGCCACUUUAUAAAAGAGCCACUUUGUACACCAGCUGUUUUUUGUGUUGUGUUAUUAGCGGCUUUCUCAGAAUUAUUUUCAAACCCACCCGCCACGAUUACUUAGUUUUUUUGUCAUUGUUUGCAACCGAAAUAGACCACAUGCCAGAAGGCAAUUACACCGUAGGAACUGAUUACUUCAAGCAACGUGUUCCUAUUGGCUGAUGAUCAUGAUAAGAUUUUAAAAAAGUUAAACAGACUAACGUUUAGUACUAAUCGCAUGGAUGACAAUUUUAACAGUUUUCUCUCGUUUACCUCUCAUUAGAGCGCUGAGGGGCAACCUAACAUAAUUGAAACCUUUAAAUCGCACUUUGUUAUCACUAGUUCCUUUUGACUUUUCAACCAUGGCAUGUCCACGAUAUGAUCUAUCGAUAACUUUCAUUGCCACCUUAAGAACUGUAUGUUGUAUUUCUGGAAUUUUAGCCGUCGUGGAAAAUCUGGGCGUUCUUUUGGCUGUUCGAAAGAUUCACUCACUGCGAUCUACAGCACGUCAUUUUAUGGCUUCACUCGCUGCAGCAGAACUUCUCGCGGGAUUCAUCGCCAAUCUCUACUUUAGCCUGAUUCUCUCCAGAAAAGACAGCCUCCCGUUAAAAACCGAAUCAGCCAUUUGGUUUUUUACUACAACAUCUGUAACCUUUAACUUGAGUAAUGUUGCGUUGGAUAGAUACAUCGCAAUAACUUCUCCUUUGCAGUAUCACAACAGAAUGACCUCGACAAGAAGUUUGAUUUUGAUAAUGUUCUCGUGGUGUUUCGCUUUAUUGGGCGCGACUAUGAUGUACGUAGUUCCUGAAGAAAACCUGGUUGAAAUGUGGAUCCACAGUGAUAUAAUCUCUGUCUUUAUUCCAUUUUGUAUAAUAGCUUUCUGUUAUUUCAGAAUCUAUCAAGGAACCAAAAAUACUUUUCCCGUGCGCGAGAACAUAACAGAAGCUCAACAGAUGGCGGAAUCCAAGAGACAAAGGAAAACAGCGAACACAUUUAGGAUUAUUACAGGACUGUUUAUUUUUUUCUUCAUGCCGUGUUUUAUUUUCAACUGUAUGUACGUAUUUCACCAACCUGAUAUAAAUGUGAUAAAAUGUAAUAGUUUCCACAGAACAAUUUGGAUUUGGAUAGCUGUUAUUUCGUAUUUCAGUGCGGUUUGCGAUCCUUGGGUUUACGCAAUAAGAAUGCGCGAUUUUAGAAUAGCUUUAAAAGAAUUGUUCCAGUCCAUGUGUCGCAUUUUGCACCUAUCAUAA